GGCGGCCCACCUGGAAGCAGUGCGCUAGGCUGGGGUCUGCAGCAGAGUCCUGGCCCGGCUAGGCUGAGGGGCGUGAGAAGACCCAGAAGCAAACGCAAAGAGGAGCGCCUGCGCUCCAGGAAAGAGAAAUCCGACUACUUUGGGCUGGGACCCGGUUUCCAGUGAAGAUGGCGGGGCCAGAACUGCUGCUGGACUCCAACAUCCGGCUCUGGGUGGUCCUACCCAUCGUGAUCAUCACUUUCUUCGUGGGCAUGAUCCGCCACUACGUGUCCAUCCUGCUGCAGAGCGACAAGAAGCUCACCCAGGAACAAGUGUCUGACAGUCAAGUCCUAAUUCGAAGCAGAGUCCUCAGGGAAAAUGGAAAAUACAUUCCCAAACAGUCUUUCUUGACACGAAAAUAUUAUUUCAACAACCCAGAGGAUGGAUUUUUCAAAAAAACUAAAAGGAAAGUAGUGCCACCUUCUCCUAUGACUGAUCCCACUAUGCUCACAGACAUGAUGAAAGGGAAUGUAACAAAUGUCCUCCCUAUGAUUCUUAUUGGUGGAUGGAUCAACAUGACGUUUUCAGGCUUUGUCACAACCAAAGUCCCGUUUCCACUGACCCUCCGUUUUAAGCCUAUGCUACAGCAAGGAAUCGAACUACUUACAUUAGAUGCAUCCUGGGUGAGUUCUGCAUCCUGGUACUUCCUUAAUGUAUUUGGGCUUCGGAGCAUUUACUCUCUGAUUUUGGGCCAAGAUAAUGCUGCUGACCAAUCACGAAUGAUGCAAGAGCAGAUGACUGGAGCAGCCAUGGCCAUGCCCGCAGAUACCAACAAAGCUUUCAAGACAGAGUGGGAAGCUCUGGAGCUGACGGAUCACCAGUGGGCACUAGAUGAUGUCGAAGAGGAGCUCAUGGCCAAAGACCUCCACUUUGAAGGCAUGUUCAAAAAGGAAUUACAGACCUCUAUUUUUUGAAGACUGAGCAGGGAUUAGCAGCUGUGUCAGGAACUUGGAGUCGCGCUUAACCUUGUAACUUUCAUUGGAGCUGGCGCCUCUCGGAAUAAAGAGGAGGGUGCAGGAGCUGGCGGGCGUGCGGCAAGGCUCGUUCUUGUCUGAGCUGGGUUACCGCGUAUGUUUGGAACUAGAGGAAAUAGGAGGAGUAUGCUGGGUGGCUUGCAGUUUAAAAAAUGUUUUAAAUGUUCCUUCUGGUUACUCUAGUAAUGAACGUCAGAGAAAGGGGGAAAACUCAAGCUACUGAUAAAAUAUAAAAUCUUAGCAAAAAUUCAGUCUUUGGAAGAAGGAUUGUUAUUAGAAUAACUAAUUAUUAUUAUAUGCAGUCAGCUUGACAUGUAGCCACAGUAAACUCCUGUUUCUCUUGGGAUCCAUACACCCUGUGUUUUACCUUUAAUUUUCUGUUAGUAUUUUUAACUUUCUUUACAAAAGUAAAAUAUUUCCACUACCAAAAGUGUAAGGAACUAUGGAUGAGCAAAAUGAAUCUCCCCGUAUCGUUCAUUUUGAGCCUACAAAAAUGAGAUAGGAGCAAACGUGUCGAACCUUAUUCACAUACACUCUUUCCAGAGUGAACAUCCCAGGCCAGGACAGACUUAGCACACUUGCAUCUCUUAAUACUAUCCAGUGAAAACCAGUGACCCUGAGGCACUGCAGGAUUCUCAAGUGCCUUUGAGAUCAUUAAAGACGGGUUAAAUAAUGUGCGGUCUCAAUCUGGACACCAGAAUAUAUGAAAUCCAUUGACAAAUCAGUGGUGCUGUACUGUGAAGGGUAACUCAGUUGGACAAAAGGCCCCAUUUUCUGGGCACAUGAGUUUACUUAUCACUGUAAAAAGGAGAGAGGGCAGUUGCUUAGCAGAUAAGGCUGCCCAGGAAUAGUUCUGUCUGGAUUAAUAGUCCCAGGGAAGUGACGGAGUGCCAUUUCUGUACCAAGACGUGGAUGUAAUUUGCAUGUUGAGCACUGUAAUUAAGAACAAAUGACUCUUGACUUUACAAAUUAAACCAUCCUGUUUUCUCUUC